AAUUUCUUUAUCAAUCACACACCAGCCGCCUGCACUCACGCUCGGAUUUAAUAUUUGCCCACGUGCACCAUGUCUGCGAAUUUUUUGAUAGCGCUGAUCUGUGUCGCGGAGCUAACGAGCCUGGUGGCGGCGGGUGGGCACGGCGGGCACCACAAGAAGGUGAUCAUCCACGUGCCGGUGCUCGUCAAGCAUCACCACCACAAGCACACCAUCGUGAAGCACGUGCACCACAAGCACGGCGGCGGCGGCGGCGACGACCACUACGAGGUGCUCGGCUACACAUACGGCGAGCCAAAGCCGGCGCCGCACUUCGGCGGAGGACAUGGAUGGCACGCGGCAGAUGAAGGGCACGAGGGUCUCGAAGACUCUCCCGUGAGCUUUGACGGCGGAGACCACGGCAGCUACGGACUCAGCAGCGAAGGGCAAGAGUACGGUGGCCAUGGAGAUUACUAACCCCCACCAUCUCUAGUGUUAAGCUGUCGACUACCUAUAUACUCGUAGGUAGAUCGACUGACACAUUCCACCGAGGCAUUCCGUGAAUGUUCCUUAAUGCAAUCGACAUACUCAUAUAUAUACCUCAAAUUGAAAACGUUUUUGUUUUCAAUUAGCUGUUCAUAAAAACGACAGUUUAGUUUCGUUGGUGUGACGUGUGAUAUAUUAGCCUGUGUUAUACU